GUUCUAUCUCCCACGUCUUCUCAGAAGCAACUUUAUUUGUUACAAACACAGGUACAAAGUGGCAAACGUGCGUCAUCAUCUUGCGUCCUGUCAUUUUGUAGGAAACAUGGCUGCGCUGUGUAAUAACCUGCGUGCCAAGCUCCUGUCAUGGCAGCCGGUUGGACUGUUCCACACAGGGGCGAGGCUCCUGGCAGCAGACAAGGAGCUCCUGGUGAAGCUCAGAAAGAAGACGGGCUACUCUUUUAUCAACUGCAAGAAGGCUCUGGAGCAAUUUGGCAAUGAUUUGCAGCAAGCAGAGACAUGGUUGCACCAGCAGGCUCAGAAAGAAGGAUGGGACAAGGCUUCCAAACUUCAGGGAAGGAAAACUAGAGAGGGUCUUGUGGGGCUGCUGCAAGAUGGCAACACCUCUGUGUUGGUGGAAGUGAACUGUGAAACAGAUUUUGUUGCUAGGAAUUCAAAGUUUCAGCAGCUGGUUCAGCAGAUGGCUGUGAGCACUCUGAGGCACUGCCAAAGUCAUCAGCAGAAUACAUCUUCUUAUGUCAAGGGAUUUCUAUGUGGUGAAGAACUCUUACAGAUGAAAGCUGAGGAGUCAUUAUUAAAAGAUCAACUUGCUUUGCAAAUAGGGAAAUUGGGUGAAAAUAUGAUUAUGAAGAGAGCUGCUUGGGUGAAGACUCAGUCUGAUAUCUUUAUAGGCUCUUAUAUGCAUGGCAUUCUCAUGGCAGAACUGCCAUCCCUAUCUAACAUGACAUUUGGAAAAUAUGGGGCUCUAGUAAUAUGCAAAGAUUCCAAUGGUAACCUUAAGAGCAACAUAUCUGAAAUUGGACGCAGGUUGGGCCAGCAUGUUGUGGGAAUGAACCCUCUGUCAGUGGGUGCCCCUGAGGAUGAAUCUAGUGGGGAGACGGAGACCAAGAUGCUUGCUCAGCCCUUUCUUCUGGAGCCCAGUCUGACAGUGGGGCAGUAUUUGCAGCCACGAGGAAUAAAUGUGCUGGACUUUAUACGCUUUGAGUGUGGAGAAGAAGCAGGAUCGACAGAAUCAAGCCAUAAUUAACACUUGAACAUUCCCUGUUGAGCCUUUAGAUAUAAAAUAAAUACCGUUUUGUUUUUUUUUUCCCA